AUGCCACCCGAAAUUUAUAUAGUUGAAAAACAUGAUGAUGAUGAUUCAUCCAUAUCAAAAGAGAGAAUAGAUUGUUUAUUAAGAGAAUCAUUGAUUAGUGAAUCUUUAAUUAGUUCACAAAUUUGGAUAAAAUCAAUGGAUGGACCAUCAUUACUUUAUCCAUUCUUUAAUCCUUAUCAAUUGUCACAGAUCCUAUCAGUUACUCGUACACUUUCAAAAUAUUCGACGCAUUCAGUUAAACCCAAGACACCGUAA